CUCACGGUCAAGGCUAUUACUGCUCUUUCAACGUCCCAAAUCUAUCAUUAUGCGUGAGAUUGUUCAUCUACAGAUCGGACAGUGUGGGAAUCAGAUCGGCUCAAAGUUCUGGGAGGUGAUCAGUGAUGAACAUGGUAUUAACAGAGCAGGAGCGUAUGAGGGCGACAUGGACCUUCAGCUGGAGAGGGUCAAUGUUUACUUCAAUGAAGCGCAUGGGGGCAAAUAUGUUCCAAGAGCAUUGUUAGUGGACCUGGAGCCGGGCACUAUGGACAGCGUGAGGGGCAGUCACAUAGGACAGCUCUUCAGACCGGAUAACUAUAUACACGGCAAUUCUGGAGCUGGCAAUAACUGGGCCAAAGGUCACUACACUGAGGGCGCAGAACUCGUGGAGCAGGUUGUGGAUCGUGUUCGUAAUGAAGCCGAGAGCUGCGACUGCAUGCAGGGCUUCCAGUUCGUCCACUCUCUGGGCGGUGGCACUGGUUCGGGAAUGGGUACCCUGAUUAUCAAUAAGAUCCGAGAAGAUUAUCCUGACCGCAUCAUGAAUAGUUUCAGCAUAAUGCCCUCGCCGAAAGUCUCCGAUACAGUAGUCGAGCCGUAUAACGCGACCCUAUCAAUCCACCAACUGAUUGAGAAUACAGACGAGACGUAUUGUAUUGAUAACGAAGCGCUGUACGAUAUCUGCUUUCGCACUCUUAAGCUCACAACACCAACUUAUGGAGAUCUCAACCACCUUGUAUCCCUCACCAUGAGCGGGGUCACGACCUCCCUUCGCUUCCCAGGUCAACUGAAUGCUGACCUUCGUAAGCUGGCCGUCAAUAUGGUGCCCUUCCCGCGUCUCCAUUUCUUCAUGCCUGGUUUUGCUCCUCUCACUGCUCGCGGUAGCCAACAAUACCGUGCCAUAACGGUGCCCGAGCUCACCCAGCAGAUGUUCGAUGCCCGAAAUAUGAUGACCGCGUGCGACCCCCGUCGAGGACGCUAUCUGACAGUCGCGGGCAUUUUCCGUGGUCGCAUGUCCACUAAAGAGGUCGAUGAGCAGAUGCUCGCCAUUCAACAGAAGAACAGCAAUUACUUUGUAGAUUGGAUCCCUCACAACGUCAAAGUGGCCGUUUGUGACAUCCCACCACGAGGCCUCAAAAUGUCCUCCACCUUCAUCGGAAACAACACCGCCAUCCAGGAGAUAUUCAAGCGCAUAGGAGAGCAGUUCACACUCAUGUUUCGACGCAAGGCCUUCCUGCAUUGGUACACGGGUGAGGGCAUGGAUGAGCUGGAGUUCACCGAGGCCGAGAGCAACAUGAAUGAUUUGGUUUCAGAGUACCAGCAAUAUCAGGAUGCCACCGCCGAAAUGGAUUACGAUGCAGAAGAUGAAGUGACAGAAGAGGAGGGUCUGUCAUCAACAGCACACAGCACUCGAGUGGAGAUGAAGACUGAGGUGGUCACUGAAACUUCUGUUAGUGAAUGACGCAUGGGCUUUAGUGAAUAUGACAAGAGUGGAUCUGAUUGUGUAAAGAGUGAGAACAUUCAGUGACCCCAAAAAGUAUUUAGACACUUAAGAUCCAGUUAAAAUUAAUAUAGGAAUUACAUUGCAUUAGAAAAAAUACUUGGCUUGAAAGGUGUGCUUUUUAAAUGAAACUUUUUUUUUUUUUGUAUUUUUGUAAUUCAAUGCCAAUGUGCCUUAAGUGUUCAAAUACUAUUUGGAGUCACUGUUCAUAGCAAACUGUGAAAUAUUUCUGAUCUCCAGGAUGAUGAAUUACACAAAUUUAAAUAGGAUAUAGAAUCAAAAUUCAAAUAUAAUUUUCUAAUCUUUGCUAUAUA